CAGAGAUGUGGGUGACCAUUUUCCUGUCUGCUUCAGUGCAGAGUCCCGAAGUGGGGGGAAUUUCUACCAUUCAGCAAUGCAAUGUGUCAUUGUGAGGGUUGUGCCUAAAAUUGGUGAAAUGAAUGUGAUUUGCACGGAGACAACCAUGAUGGUCGAAGCUGAAAGGUCCUUAGUCCAUGGAUUGGAUCAAACUUCCUUAAACCUCCUCGACCCGUCAUGCACAGUGUCUUCCAAUAACACCCAUGUGUUCGCCACCGUACCCCUGGACGCCUGUGGGACACUGGCUGUGGGGUCAAGUGACAAUGUCACCUUCAGUAAUGAACUUAUGAAGAUAGAAAAAGCUGGCGCUGUCAUUACCAGGACAGAUGACGUGGAGCUUCAGUUCUCAUGUAGCUUCACUAAAAAGGGGAGUGUAUCUACAUACUUCAAGGCACUCAAACUUGCCAUGACGUUUGUGGAGGAAGGCUUUGGCAAGUUCUCCUUUGAGUUCCAGUUCUUCCACAGUCAGCAUUAUGAAAUAAAUGUGGACCCCAGUACUUACCCCAUCGAAGUAAGGCUGAAGGAAAUGAUCUACAUGGAAAUCAAAUCAAAAUCCUCCCUUCAAAACACCGUGCUCUUUGUGGAGUCCUGCAAAGCCACCCCAGAAGAUGACCCCAACCACGCCACAUUUUACAGCAUCAUUGACAAUGGCUGUAACAUGGAUAAAACUCUGCAAGUGUAUCCAUCUCAGAGCAAUGAAUUCCGCUUUGGAAUGCAAGCUUUCAAAUUCAUUGGGAUGCACACUGAGGUGUACAUGAGCUGCUCAGUCAUGCUGUGUCUGGCUGGAGAUCCUAACACAAGGUGUGCACAAGGGUGCAUCAGUCAGAGCCAUGUUGUUAAGAGAUCUGUGCCUGGACAGACUGCCAGACACGACAUAAUGCAGGGCCCAUUGCGGCUGAAGAGGAGCUCCGAUGAUGAAGGUCUUCGUGUUUCCAGUGCUCCCAGUGUGAACUUCAACCUGAAUUUCCUGGCUGUAACUUUGCUGGCUGCUGUGGCCCUUGUGUGUGCAGUGGUGGUCUACAAGAUAAAGAAGUCAAGCGUCGGUUACAAGCAACUUCCCUCCUCUCAAAUCUGAGGCUAUGUCAGAAUAAAAGUCAACAAAUAUAAAUGCAAUUGCAAA